AUGUCGUCUAACGUUGCAGGUUCUUCAACCGGUGCCACAUCUGAUUUUCUAACAGUUGAACAAGUGAAGGCAUGGAGUCGAGAUGAAGUUAAAACGUUUUUGCAAAGGAACAAAGCUGGAUUAGACCUUGAAGACGGAGAUAUUGAAAUAUUAUAUAAUCAGAGGGUUAAGGGUGAUACUUUCCUUGCACUGAAGUAUGAAAUGCUUGUAAAUCUUCCUUUGAGCAUUCCAGUCGGACCAGCCGUAAAAUUAGUAGAGUUUAUUAAUAAAAUUCAAGGAGAGUAUCCUAUAAAGAAACGUCGAAUAGAACAGGGCUGGAAGUCAUACACCGCCUCUGAUGGUCACUCCGUAGAAUUGCCAUCCCAAAUAAUUGACAUGCUUGAAAGUAACAAAUUCGUACCUGAUCUGCGCAUUAAUUUUAAAACUGCCUUCCGGAACCUUCAUGUUGGCCAAUCAAUUACCCUACCACAUCUUGGCCAGCAACCUAAAUACUUCGCUGAAGGUUAUCAAGGAAGGACAUUGCUUGUCACUGGGCAGAUGAUUGACAUAUGGGACAAGAUUUCAGCAGAUAGUGACCAUUCAAUCAAGCGUGUUCUUUCAGGCCCAAUGGGCGUGGGAAAAUCAUAUAUUGCCUACUUCCUUGCAUCUAAAGCUUAUGCUGAAGAAUGGCCGGUGCUCUACAUCGCAGAUGCAUCUGAUCUUAAUGUAGAAUCAUCAGAGAAAGCAGGAGAGGUGAUUUGCAGAUACUUCCUGGCACUUAAUAAAGAUAUUUUGACUGCCGCCGAGCUUAAGAAUAUUGUGCGAUUUGCUAGUGAUUUUAAUACUCAACCGGUUAUGGUUAUUGUCGCUGAAGCAAUUCUAGACUUUAUCAAAUCAGCAGAUCGCAAAGCUCUAUUAAUUGUUGACGAACAUGGUGUAUUAUUUGAAAAAGAUCCAGUACCUUUAAGAAUUCACUUGUUAAGUCCUCUCAUGAACCUUAAUUUUUGGGGAGAGCAUUGUAAAUUUGCACGUGUAAUCAUUACGGGGACUUCACAUGCUAGAUAUGAGAGUGAAUACAUGAAAUAUGAUCAAUAUGUGUUUUGGGUGAUCUAUGUUGGUCCACUACAGAGCAAUGUAUUUGAUAUUUUGUUACAGUUGCACCCCGUUCUGAGGAUACAAGGCAUCAAAGAAGAAGCAAAAAAGGUUACGAAUUGUGUGCCACGUGAACUCAUAUAUCUAGUUGAAUAUAUCAAAAAACUCAAUAUUACUAUUACCAAUGUAAACCAGUUUCAACAAGUAUUAAAAGAUUUCGAGAUUGAACGGGUCGACAAGAUUCUGACUAUUGCUAAAAAAUAUUAUAAUGAUCUCCCGAAAAUUUUUAAAACUCGCCACUAUGAUGCUCUCACAAGCAUGUUUCUUCCCAGUAAACCCGUUGUGCAGUUUGAGUGGAAGUUCUUAGAUCUUGGGUUAGUUUAUCGGUACAUGGAAGGGAUUACUCGUUACCUCCCUCUAUGCCCACCUGCUCAGAAAGCCUUAUUAAAAAUGUACAUGUCAUUUGACCUACCUGAAAAUAUAAAAAAUCAACUCUGUAUAAGAAGUCUAACUGGAGAGCAAUUUGAGGAAGCCUUAUUCAAUCGACUUAUAUGCAAAUGUAACACAACAAUACAACUCAAGACAACUGAUCUCGAUAAUAAUAAUAGAAAAGUUAUUACACUUCAGUUUAAUGACUAUGAUUUGAUUAAAAAAUCCCAAUUAUCCCUUGGACCUGGUAACGAUAAAGUCUUAGGUCGUGGCUUUAAUGGAUACCCCCGAUUCGAAUACAUGCUCGGACCUAUAUUCAUACAGGUAUCUGUCAGUGACUUCGUAACACACAACAGCAAACCAUCAACGAAUAUCAGGAAAGCAUUUGAAACAAUGUCUGCACAAGCUGGUAUCUCUCAAACGCAAAUUAAUGGAAGAAACCAGAUCGAGAUGUAUUUGGAUGAGAUGUAUGGUCCUGGUCAUUCUGCUAUAAUGGAUCCACAAAAUAGGUUUGUUGUUACCAGAAAUGGCACACGCGUGUCUGGAUUUCGUAUUGUCUAUAUUCGAGGUAGUCCUGGAAUUCCCAAUCACUCGACGGGAUACUCUAUAUCUAAUAACAUCUCAUCCGAAAUAGAGAAUUUCAACAAUACUCCUGCAUCUGAUGUAACUGAAGACGUUUCAAAUUCUGAUAUUUCUGAACAGAUAGUCUCAUGUAAUGAGGAGUCUAGCACAUCUAGCCACGAAGUGACUGCCCUUAGCAAUUCUGAUACACAACAGGAAUCAGAGACCUCCACAUCUCCUAUCCCCGCAGAAACCAUAUCAUUGGAAGAGAAAGAAAAAAAUGAAUUUUUGAAUUUAAUGUAUAAGGAACAGGUUAAAGAGGUAGUAUCUGAGGUAUCAGUUCCUUCAACUUCGAUAUCCAGAAAUAUUGAACUCAGAAAGUCUGAAAUUUCAGCCAGGGCAUCUCGGCCAAAAAAUAGUUAUAAGAAAAAGGGGCAGAAAGUAUUUCUCAAAUGA